UGGAUGAUGACAAAAUGACAUUCUUUGAUGGUUCGUUUGUUUUGAUAUAAGCGUUUAAUUAACUUAUUUGUUUCGAUACAAUCGCAACUCGCCACAAACAUCAAUCGAGUUAAGUCCAUCCAUGGUUUCAAAUAUAAACAGUCCACUAUUUUAUAAGAGAUACUUUCACCAUUUGUUUGGUCUUAUUUUACAUCUAUUCUGUCGUUUUAUUUCUGCAUUCUGAUUCUUAUUGAACCGCAAAAGAGUCCUUUUAUACUACGAUUCAUUACACAAUUUGAGAUGCUAAAUUGUUAUUUGAAACCAACAAUCUAUUGCGAAACUGAUAGUUUGAUGAACUGUUGGUUUCGUUGAUAGAAGAAUGUUUAGCUUUAACUAAAAGUUACACCCUAUUAUUAGUAUACGCAGCUAGGUACCAUAGUUUUACAAAUAACAGUAUCUUAGCCACUUUGCUAAACAGACUAGGUUAAACUAUUGAAACGCGUGUAAAAGUCUCAAACAAAUGAACCUUUUUUUGUAAAAAUCAGUGUAAAUUUGGCUAUAUAUCUCAUUCAAAGCAGUGUUAGUUUCGAAGUGUAGUGUGUUAUUGGGGGUUGUCCGAAGUAAUGGAUAGCUUGAAUGACAGAGCAAGUGAAGGUGGCUCUUUUGUCGCCUGGGGAGAGCAGGGGGAGUCGGGGGACGAGUAUGAGACAGUUGCCCCCCUCAUCUCUCUCGAAGAGGUGCAUGAGUUGGCCAAGAAGAUUAGUGUGCACUUUAUCAGCGCCGACUCAGACAAGAAUCUUUCAAUCGACGAGAGACAAGAGCUCAAAUGGAACAUCAUAGUGGCGCUGGAGCAGCUGGAGAAACUGGUCGUCUCCUAUGAUGAGCUGGAAAGAGAGAAGGGAGAUUUGGAGCAGGAGGUGAAGCAGAAGGCAAUGGACUGCAGUCGACUACAGGACACCAUCAAGACACUCGAACAGUUCCUGGAGGAGUUUGAGGACACGGAGGAGAAGUUGAAGGAGGAGUUGCGGGUGUUGGUGGGGGAGAGUGUGCGGGAGAGGGCGGAGAAGGAGCGGCUGAAGAGACUGUUGAGUGAGGAGAGCAGAGACAUUGUCGAACAGGGACCCAAUACUGAAGCAGACAUCACGGAGGAGAUGCACAGCAGAUCUGAUGACACUGGUGCUAACGCUUCUGACGAACAACAGCAGCUGGGACUGACGACAGAUGCGAUUCGGCAGCUGAAGGAGAUGAACAGAGCCCUGAGGCAGCAGCUGGCACUCAGGGAAACACAGCUGGAGGAGGAGCGGGACAAGGUCGAGGAGCUGAACACGUUUGUGGACGAGAUAGAAGACUUCUCGGUGGCGUUGAAAGGGAAAGUGGACAACUUGGAACGACAGAUGGAUGCUCUGAAUGGAGAGCGAGAUGAACUAAUAGAGCAGAAUGAGAGACAGAGGGAACAGAUAGAAGACAUGAGGAGGAUGCAAAUGGAGGAGAGCAAGCUGCACAAACAGUCCAACACUUCAUCUUUCAUCCAGAGGACUAUCUCAGUGGAGUCGCUUAACAACGUGGCCAUCUUUGAUGAAAUUGCUGCUAUUCCUGGUCUAUCCACUGUGAGUGAGAACUACUCAGAAGACGAGCGAUUCAACACCAACUCGCGCCAAGAGAGCGGUGAUAAUUUGACCGAGGAAGAGGCUUCUUACGCUGAAGUGGUUCAAGAGUUUCAGAAAUUUUCCGCCCUACAGAACUUUUGCAUCGAGUUCGCUGAUAAAUUGAAUGCCCCUGAAGUAAAAAACGACUCAUUUACAACAGAAAAAGGUCAUGCUAACUACACUUUAAACGGAGCAUUCGAUGUUUUGUCAUCUCAACUUCAACCUUUAAACUACGCCGACGAUGUCAAAGAACAGUUCGCGACCUUCCUCGAAUCUCAGAAAAGCCAUCCCUCAGUCGAGUUCAAACAGCACCUUUUAAGUGUAGUGACCAAAUUCAUCUCCAACUCAAGCCACUCCGUCUUUGAAGAGAGUUUUCCUAUUUUGGCCAUAUCUCUGAUGGGCGCUCCUGAAAUGCAAGAGGACAACCGCUUAACGAUGGCUGAAAUCAUGCACGAUACUUGCUGGACAAAACAGAAUCCAGAAGCCGAAGAAAACCUACUCGAUUACUCAAAAACAAGCAAGGAAGAAUCGCAAAAAGCAAUCAAAGAUUCCAACGAGCCGCAAAACUUUACCCCGGAAGCAGUUUGCAAUGGUGUCGAAAAAGGUUUUGUUAAUGGGUAUAUCAACUCAAUUGAUUUGCUUGAUACUUCUCGACAAGAACCGCAACCAAAAUCCUCAGAACAGCAACUUGAAUUACAAGAAAUUGUUGAGCCGAAAGACGACAAAGACGAGCGAAGCAGAACUAUGACACUUGAAAGUAGCAACGAAGAAAUGAGAAUGAACGAAAACACUCCGAUGAAUUAUGAAACUGCAGCGAUAAAUUUGGAUCUAACAAAAAUUUCAAUGGAAAACGCGCCAAACUUUACAGUGGACAGAGUUUCAGAACAAAACAAUGCUGAAAGCACCAAUAAAGAUUUGAUUAUGGCGGCUUUAGAUCCAAGAACAUCUACCAAAGACGAGCUCAGAAGCAGCAUUAUUCAAAGAAGACGAACUAUUCUUAGCACUGAUGUUUCGCCUUACAGAAAGGAAAUGCAGCGAAAAACAAGUAGGCUCGGGCGUGCUGUGAGCAUUAGAGCUCCGAGUUACCUGCAAACCCUUGACGAGCUAUCGGGAGGAGCUGUUCGAAAUGACUUCCGAGAAAGGUCCUGUUCCGAGUUUGUGGGGGGUCCCAAUUCAACUGUGGGCGUGGCUUCUUCUAAUGGAGUAGGGGGUGGGGCUAUGCGGAUGUUGAGCCACCAGUCCACAGUAGAUGUGAUGCAGCAGAGUGAGAUGAGGAAGCAGAAGCGGUCUAUGUGGUACCAGCAGAAACAGCAGAAACAUAUCACCAAAGGCAAUAAUCAGGAAACGGGCAAACUGACGUCCGAAAAAUCUGACCUCAUUGUGGCCGAAAAGCUCAUGUCGUUCAAAGAGCCCGAAGUGAAUGAGGACGGGAUGAUGCUGAUAGACCCCAAGGAUCCGAACAGACCCAGAUUCACGAAGCAGGAGUUGAUGCAGGUGAUAGAAGAGAAGGCCAAUCUGAGCAUAGCCAAGAUGCACUUGGAGGAUGAACUGGGUGCUUUAAGACUCCAACUGGAGGAUUUGAGAAAGAGCGCUGCCACCCAAACAUGGACUGAGAGAGGAGGCGGCCGAGGCAAACAGAAAUUAUCGACUACGUCUUCCAUCCGGAGACUAUUCGGGAUAUUCGGCGGCAACAACUCCGCAGCAUCCUCCAGAAACCGACACUCUCGGGGGCCCACUUUGUUCCGCUCGUCGGCUGAGCCACGCCGUCAGAGCCAGCCGGUGGUCAUAGCGAAAGACAGCCGCGCCCCCUUAGUUGUUCACCAAGUGCCUCCGUCACUUUUUGACCCGAAAGUUGCUAUACGUCGCCAGUCUAUUGAGGACUCGCAACGUCCAAGGAACAACACUAUGUCUCCGUCUGUAAUCAGAAAAAUUUCAGCCAAAUAUAGGAACAAAGAUAAAUUGGUUACUUUGCAUCUGCCUUCGAAUCAAAGAAGUUCAUACGAUCCCCAACAGUCGCCAACAUCACCAGAUUCGUAUAAGUUAACUCACUCAACUAGCCAUUAAAAACUGAUCCAUUUUGGUAGAAUUGUAAUCUAUUUGUUAUUGAUGAAAUAAAUAGUUAAUGAAUUAAUAAUUGUAUCAAAAAUAGUUGGAAAAUUAACUAUCUGAAACUAA